AGAAAGACACAAGAAACUCUUCAGAAAAAAAGUUGGCAACUCAGUGGCAGUAAUUCCACCCGGCCCGGUAGUCAGACUGGGCGGUGACCUUGAUGCAUAUAUAUCUCUCUAAGAAGACAGGAUGCUCUCUUGCCACCAUCAGUGUCCCCUUGUCCAGCAGGACAGAAAGAGACGCACACUAGACAGCUGACCCCGCACAACAUGGCUCUCAUGUGGGUCCAAGGAGCCAUCACGGUGACCUUUCUCCUCUCAGGAGGAUGCUAUGCCAGCUCAGAAGGUGCUUGGUGCUAUAAUGACCACCACUGUGGACCGGAAACUUGGCAUUCCAUCGGUCACUGUAAUGGGAAGAAACAGUCCCCCAUCGACAUUGUCACUUCUGAAUGCAUCCACAACUCCAGGUUGGGCCCUGUGACCCUCACUGGCUAUGACGACAGCAAAAAACUGCUAGAAAUGAAGAACAAUGGGAAAACAGUUGAGAUAGAACUGGGUGAGGGCCUCCACCUCCAUGGCUAUGGCCUUUCAGGGACGUACACAGCCAAAGCCUUUCACCUCCACUGGGGAAACGGUUUCUCCAGGCCAGGAGCCGAGCAUUAUGUUAAUGGCAAACGGUACUCCAUGGAGUUACACAUUGUGCAUACUAAAAACAACAUGAACAUCUCAGAGGCCUUGAAGGACCCAGAAGGAAUUGCUGUUCUGGGAUUCUUUCUGGAUGGCUCUGAUUUGGCUGAAGGCAAGGCUGCUGAAUCAUGGAAAUCAUUUACAGAGAACCUUAAAAAAGUAUCCAAAAAGGGUGAAGACACUGAGCUUGAGGGCUCCAUCUCUCUAGAAGACCUUACAGGUGAAACACAUCUUGACCGCUAUUAUCGUUAUCUUGGAUCCCUCACCACCCCGAAUUGCAAUGAGGUUGUAAUCUGGACCAUCUUUGCUGAACCCAUCGAGGUGCCAUUUGAAGUGGUGGAGGCUUUUCCAGCUGAACUCCAUUCUACAAAUUCUUCCAAUGGGCCCCAUCUGCAGAAGAACUACCGCCCCCUGCAGGAGCUCGGGGAACGGAAGGUGGAAGCAUCUGCUGCCCUGAAAGAUUCUGCUGCUUCUCUAGGCUUGCAGCAAGUAGCAUUCCUCAACUUUGUUUUCACUGCUACUCUGGCAUCCUUCUUACUUGUAUAAAGUCUGGAGCUGGUGGUGGAAACAAAUGGAAAGAGUGUUGCUAUGAUCUCCUGAGAGAUCCAAGCUACACCCAACUCUUCCUGUUCCUUCAGAAAACUCCAGUCCUUCUCCAUCUACCUCUUCACCAGCUCUUAUAAUAGCAGCAGUACUGGCAAACGACACUACAAAUAUGGGGAUGUGCACAUUCCAGAGAGGACCAGGAACCCGAAGAAGGGUCUUGGCAGGAGGGAGCACCUACGGCUGUCUAUCCCCAGCUCUUGGAAGAGAGUGCUCCUUAGUCUGUUAUAGCUUCAGUUAAAAUCAGAUGUCCUAUUCAAUUCAAAAACUAGCUAAUAUUUAACAUCUGGAUUUAUUUAUUUUUUAGAAUGCGAGGUCUAACGUUGUUUUGCAAGUUUCCAAGUCAACGUGUAACACCAAAAUCUGAGCAGUGUCAAUAUACCAUAUCCCCAAACCUAAUAUCAGCACAAAACUGAGAAAUUCAAAUGAAGUUUCAGUGAAGAUUCUGAGAUUCAGAUUUCUCUGUGCAAAGACUGAAAGGGCCUAUUUUGUUUAAAGACGACUCCAAAAUUUCCUUUGGCCAUAACUGUAGCAGAUGUAGGCAGAUGGUACACAUCUGACCUUUAUUUCACACAAGCACGUGCACCCAAUGCUGACUCGAGACAACUCAUUCACACAUAACCCCACAUAGAAUGUCCACAACACCCAAUGUUAGCUCCAAGGUAAUACUUUUCCAUGGAAUUCAGGUGCACUUAGGCAUCAAGUGUUGAACGAUAUGUGUGCAUGUGUGAAGUGGCCCUUCAUUCUUUUCAUGUCAUGGCCCAAACCAUCUGUGAGACAUUUUGGGAUGCAACAUGCAAUAACUCCACCAAGUUUUGCAUUUCAAGAUUACCCCUCAGCUCAACGUCAUAGGCAAACCGCCACCCUAACUACCUCACCUGGCCUCUUGGAAGUGUGAUCUGUUUCUUUCUUCUUGCUAUAAGACUUAAUUCUUUAAUAGUGGAAAGUAUUUCUAUAAUCCUCUGUCACAAAGGACUGUAUUUAUUGAGUUGGCUGCAAACAAUUCCCCAAUAGUGGAAAAGCUUUUUUUUUCCUUUUUUAAAAUGGAAAUUUUCAGGGACGGGGAAGCAUAAAAUGUUAUUUGCCUCUCCUCCCCUGAAAUUUGAAGAAUUUGGGGAUCUCUAAUGUGAAAAUAGUUUUGACAAUGGUUGAUAUCCAUCAAUAAGCUGUGGUUUAAAAGAUGAAUGCAUGUGGCAAUUAAUUUAAGCAGGUUUAGCGAGCAAGUGUGUGCACGUGUAGAUUCCCAUGAACAGAAGCAAGUAAAAUCAAGGGUUAGUGGGUUUUUUUGCAGAGCUUAUUUGGGAAAAUGUGUCAUAACCAGUAUGAUUCAGGCAUGGUUUAAUGUACAGGCAUCCUUCCCCCAUUUUUUCCUAUACAAGUAAGAUCAUGUCUAAGGAAAUCAGGUGGAGCUAUCCCAGAUUUUCCUUAGCCUUGCGUUCUAGGCAUCAGGAGCUUUCCCAGACAGCAGAUUUGCCAUGCGAUUUACUGCAAGGCUUGACUGCAAGUUCGAAUUUGCCCAAAAAACCUGACGCAAAAAGUGGAGGUUUUUUUACUCCAUACAUAGAUCGAGCUACGUGCCAAUGCACAGUGAAAAACCCAAAUCAUGUGUGGAGUGCUCCUGGUUAGCUCGCAGGAGCUUUGACUUCAAUCUGGGUGAUAUGUGAAUGCACCCUUGCUCUUCCAAAGUAAA